GAGGCGCGCGCGGGAGCGGAGCCCGCCGCUCACCUGCCGCAGCCGCUCACCUGCCACGGAGCGCGCCUCUAGCGCUCCCCGCGCCUCCGGAGCACGGCCCCAGCCCGGUCUAGCCGCAAGCAUGCGACGCGGGUAGCCGGUGCGUUCCGGAAGCUGCGGAGAAGCCCCCCUCGGCCUGGGCGCGCCAAGAGCACGGGGGUUAAAAUGAAUGAAGACCUGAAGGGCAAUGUAAGCGGGCUGCCUCGGGAUUAUUUAGAUGCCGGUGCUGUGGAGAACAACUCAGCUGCUGUCUCCUCCCAGGUCCCUGUGGUAAAGCCUGAGCCAGAGCUUGCUGUCAACCCCUGGGAUAUAGUCCUCUGCACCUCCGGGACCCUCAUCUCAUGUGAAAAUGCCAUCGUGGUCCUGAUCAUUUUCCAUAAUCCCAGUUUACGAGCACCCAUGUUCCUGCUCAUUGGCAGCCUCGCUCUUGCAGACCUGCUGGCAGGCAUUGGACUUAUCAUCAAUUUCGUUUUUGCCUACUUACUCCAAUCGGAAAUCACCAAGCUGGUCACCAUUGGGCUCAUAGUCGCCUCUUUCUCUGCCUCUGUAUGCAGCUUGCUGGCUAUCACCGUGGACCGCUACCUGUCUCUGUAUUAUGCCCUGACCUAUCAUUCAGAGAGAACGGUUACCUUCACUUAUGUCAUGCUUGUCCUGCUCUGGGGGACUUCUAUCUGCCUAGGGCUGCUGCCCAUCCUGGGCUGGAACUGUCUGCGAGACGAAUCCACCUGCAGUGUGGUCCGACCCCUCACCAAGAACAAUACUGCUGUCCUCUCCAUCUCCUUCCUCUUCAUGUUCGCCCUCAUGCUUCAGCUCUAUAUCCAGAUCUGUAAGAUAGUCAUGAGGCACGCCCACCAGAUCGCUCUGCAGCACCACUUUCUGGCUACUUCGCACUAUGUGACCACCCGGAAAGGGGUCUCCACUCUCGCCAUAAUCCUGGGCACCUUUGCUGCCUGCUGGAUGCCCUUCGCCCUCUAUUCUUUGAUAGCGGAUUACACCUAUCCUUCCAUCUACACCUACGCCACUCUUCUGCCUGCCACCUACAAUUCCAUCAUCAAUCCUGUCAUUUAUGCUUUCAGAAACCAGGAGAUCCAGAAGGCUCUCUGCCUCAUUUGCUGUGGUUGCAUUCCAUCCAGUGUCUCCCAGAGAGCUCGGUCACCCAGCGAUGUGUAGCCGACAUCCAUCCAGGGUUAGCCUUUCCACUGAUGGCUGCAUUUACCAAGCUCUCCCACUGCUUGAACGCAGUUGAGAUAUGGUCCUUCAAUUCUUUCUGUUGGCUUUGCUCUCAGGCCACAGGAACACUUGGCAUCUUUGCAGCAUUCAUCAUUCAUUUAGAAGAGUUUAAGUGAUCAAAGUGAAAAUAACAUUGGUCAGUGUUCAACCUUGAAAAAAAAGUUGCUUUAUUUUUCUCAUUAUUUUGUUUUGUGCUAGAGGGUGGGUUUUUUUUUAUUUAUUUGGAAACAGAGUUUUUGUUUUUUAUUUUACUUAGAGAAUUGGUCUGGGAGGAAGAAAAGGGCUGUUUCCUGGCUAGGAUGUUAUAAAAAGUAAGUUAAUUGCACUUUUUUUUUUACCAGAUUUUUUAAUAAAAUUGUGUUAUUGGGGAAAAUGGAAUAGAAAUGAUUUUUUCCAGAUUUUUUAAUGUCAAAGUAUAUUUUCAAUGUUGUAUGGGUCUAACAAUUGAAACUCAUUCAAAUCAGUGAAUAUGGUUUACAUGGUUAUGUUUCAAAGCAACCUGAUAUUAAUAUGAGCUCAGCAAUGAGUUAUUAAUACUGAAAGUAUAAACCCAUUCUUACUCGUUCUUUCUUUACUUUCAGCAAACACUGUUCAUAAGAAUUCCUUUAGUAUUCUAUGAUUAUUCUAACUUUCUGCACUGUUGCCUGUGAUAGCUAGACCACUAGUUUCAAAUGUUGCCAUAAAAAACAGAAUCAAAUAAAUAAUUUUUCUGUGUAGAUUAUCAAUAUAUCCUCUAUAACAAAUUUUAAAACUUGUUUGAUUUACAUAUAAAAUAAGAGUGAUUAGAUAUACUAUUGUCAUUUCUUGUGCUACAGUCUAGUCAAAUCCAAGAAAGAAAAGAAAAAAUUAAUAAUUUUUAUUGAAAUUUGAUUGAUUUUAUUUGGGUGUUUAUUCUGAAAUAUGAAUUAGCAAAACUAUCAAAAAUAUAAAAAGCAUCACCUUCCUAUAUCUAAGAUUAUAUUGUUAUUCUUGAUUGAAACAGAAUUAAAUAUUGUACACCCAGUAUUUCUUGUUCUAUAUUGUCUGUGGUGUGCAUGCAUUUGAAACAGGUGGCCUCCUAUUUUAUAAUUACCUUGUUGUGUGUGUGACAUACAUACAUGAUUGAAAUAGAAUUCUAUAUCCUGUAGUCUCAUGUGUACAUUGAACCUGUUGUUGUUCACAAAAUGUUCACUUUGAACUUCUUUCUUUCCUUGAGUCACAAAGUGACUUACAUACAGUAAAAAUGGUGUUUCCUGUGCUCAGAAAGCAAAGGUUUAGUUAGGAAAUAACAUGAAAAGCUUAUUUUAAACAUUGUAAAAUCACUGUGUAAGAAUCAUGCCUAUUAUUUGUGUGAACGUGUAUUUGGCAUAGAUACCAUCCUUCCCUUGACAGUGGAGUUAAGAACUGUGUCUGUUGAACCAACUGAAGAAUUUACGCCUAGCACACCAACUCAGUAUGUGCAGACAGUUAAGACUGGUAUUUCAGGGUUCUUGGGGAAUUACUGAUAGUUAACAGGUCUUCUUAGUUUAUCCCUUCCAUUGUGCCCAUGAUCUCAGUCCCCUUCUGGCAUCUUGCAUGUAGAUGCUAUUUCUCCAAGUCCCUUGUAAUGUAGCAUACAUGUGAAUAAAUCCUAUACUUGAAUUUUGUCUCUCCCUUAGGUAACUUAUUAAAGCAAGAGAGGGAUUUCAGGAAUGAAGAUAAAUUUCAUUACAUGUCACUGUGUGAUCAGCCUAAUCAAGUUGAUGCCUUUUAAAAUAUGUCAACAUGUGAUGGAGUUGGUAUAUUGAAUGAGUCUGUCUCUAGACACUUAAAAAGUAAUGGCCAUUCUAUGUGAGGAAUGAUAAGGUACGUUGGUUUUGACAUGGUCUGGGAGGUUUCCUGAAUGAUGCUUUAAAGCAAUAAAUUGUAUUUUUGAAGAAA